GCCUCAGUUUAGGACGCUUGCCUGGCGUUGCUCAUUCAACAUGGCAGCGGGACCAAUUUCAGAAAGAAACCAAGAUGCCACUGUAUAUGUCGGCGGCUUGGAUGAAAAAGUAUCAGAGCCGUUACUAUGGGAGCUUUUCCUGCAGGCCGGCCCUGUUGUCAACACGCACAUGCCAAAAGACAGGGUGACCGGCCAACAUCAAGGUUAUGGCUUUGUGGAGUUCCUUAGUGAAGAAGAUGCUGACUAUGCCAUCAAAAUCAUGAAUAUGAUAAAGCUCUAUGGCAAACCCAUUAGAGUAAAUAAGGCUUCUGCGCACAACAAAAACCUGGAUGUGGGUGCCAACAUCUUCAUUGGUAAUCUGGACCCUGAGAUUGACGAGAAACUGCUCUAUGACACAUUCAGUGCCUUCGGCGUGAUCCUCCAGACGCCGAAGAUCAUGCGAGACCCAGACACCGGCAACUCCAAGGGUUAUGCUUUCAUCAAUUUUGCGAGCUUCGACGCAUCAGAUGCCGCCAUUGAAGCCAUGAACGGCCAGUACCUCUGUAACAGGCCCAUCACUGUGUCCUACGCCUUCAAGAAGGACUCCAAAGGAGAGCGACAUGGCUCUGCCGCAGAGCGACUCCUGGCUGCACAAAACCCUCUCUCCCAGGCAGACAGGCCUCAUCAGCUGUUUGCAGACGCUCCACCGCCAGCGAGUGCCCCAACGCCGGUUCUCACUGCUAUGGGGAGUGGGAUGCCAAUGCCAGGUAUGACGGAAAUACUGUGGUUACAUGUAGGAUGUUCAGUGGCUCGCCUCUUUUCAAUUUGACAUUGUUUACAACUACUAAUCAUCAUGAAA